AUGAAGGAGUAUGUGCCACCUAGAAAACCAAGAAGGCCAAGGAGGGGUGGAAAUGGUAUAACAAACAAGGAUGGAGAGGGAACUUCAAAACAAAAGGCAGUUAAGCUUACAUUGAAAAGAAAGAAGAAGACAAAGAAGGCUGGAGAAGGAUCCUCAAACCAGGAAUGCCAAGGAGGGGUUGAAACUGCAAAUGAUGCAACUAUGCAAGAAGAAAAUGAAACUGUACAUGAAAGUGCACCUAAGAUUGCUAUGGAAAGGGUAGAUGCUAAUGAGAUUGAAGAUCACUUGCUUGAAGAUAAUUGGCUUGAAGAUAACUUGGAAAUGGGUGUAGAUGCUAAUGAGAUUGAAGAUCACUUGGAAGCAGACUUAGAAGAGGAUGUUAAUGAGAUUGAAGAUAACUUGCUUGAAGAAAACUUGGAAAUGGGUGUAGAUGCUAAUGAGAUUGUGCCACCAGUGCAAGGGGAAGUUGCUAUACAAGGUUUAGAUGCUAAUGCUUGGGUUGGUUGUGACAACCCGAUAUUUCAACUCUUUGUAAUGGCCUAA